CGCCCCCUGUAAUUGUCUCAUUUUACCAUUUUUGGAUGUCCCCCUAUUAUUUUCGCAUACCAUAUAUGAUAACAUUUGUGUGGCUCUAAUUCAUUCUUACUUUAUUCCCACUUUAUCAACUCAUUAAUCACAUAAUAUACUUUUUUUUAAAAUCGCAGGACUCCCUUCCGUCCCAAUAUUAGGGGGACAGAGGAAGUACUACACAACUUUUAAUUAAUAUCACUAUAUUGAUUGCUUAUUAUGUCAUAUCAUGAUCGAUACACACUCACACUCACAUCCUAAUUGGUUGACAUAAACUCUUCCCAGCCAGCUGAGGAUUCUAAUGGUGCUGAAUUUGCUAAUACUACACUCAAGAGAAAAUUAAAUGAUAUAGGAAUAUAGGAAUAUAGGAUGAACAUGGAGAGAACAUAGAUGCAACCAAAGUAUUAUAUGAUGAUUGAUUUUUUUGAAAACUUAGAAUGUUUAUGACUUCUGCUACUCCACAUGCUACUUCAAUUGGCAGUAUCAUGUAUAUUAUGGUGUGCACGAGGCCAGACAUUGCACAUGUAGUGGGAGUAGUGAGCACAUUCAUGGGAGAUCCAGGAAAACAACAUUGAAAAGCUGUGAAUUGGAUCUUGAUGUAUUUGAAAGGUACUGUUUCUAAUGCCUUGUGUUUUGAUGGAAAGAGUGUAGAGCUGCUGGGACAUGUUGAUGCAGACCUUAAAUCAAAUGACUCGGAUGGAUCGAGGAGCACCACCGGGUAUGUUUUUACAUUUGGUGGAACGGCAGUUUCUUGGCUUUCGCAACUGCACAAGAUUGUUGCAUUAUCUACUACAGAAGCAGAAUAUGUGGCUAUAACCGAGGCAAGAAGGAGAUGGUGUGGCUUCAGAAUCUACUUGAAGAACUUGGAAAGGAGUACAAGAAUAGCAUACUUUACAGUGACAGUCAAAGUGCUCUCUUCUUGGCAAACAACUCAGCAUUUCACAAGAGAACCAAAAUUGAUCCAAAAUUUUGGCAAACAACUCUGCUUUGGGGUUAAGUUUUACUCUCUAUAAAUACAAGCUCUCUCUUGUAAUCAGUUGAUCCAAAAUUAAUAGCAAUUCCUGGCUUGGUAGCACCCCCAGACGUAGUCCUUUGUGGUGAACUGGGUUACCAAAUUUCGUGUGUUCUUUAUUACUGUUGUUCGUGUUGCGUUAAUUAAUUCUUCAUAGUUCACGGGUGAUAACUGAUUCCUUUUCUCUUCCAAUUUGAUCUUUUCAUCCUCCCAAGACAAAUUAAACGUCCUAACCCAUUG